UGUUUAUAAAAAUUAUUAAUAAAUAAAUAAUUGUGUAAAUUUACUUUCACAGUAUUUUAUUGUAUCCAGUCAUGUGAAAGUAUAAAAUAAAUAAUUAUAUUUUUAUUAUUGAUAAAUAUCAACUUUCGCAAACUCACCUGUUGACGUUUGAUCACAAACAAUCAGUUGAAAAUUAAAAUUGAAGACAACUAAUUAAUUACUCAAUCAUCAACAGGAUUAUUUAUUUCACAAAUAUUUAGAUAGUCAAUUUGGAUUUAUUACACGAGGAUAAUAUAUACCAUUGAUUUAUCAAGGAAGAAUACUUUAUUCAAAACAUAAACAUUAACCAGGUGACAUAACAACAAAGACAAAUAACAUUUAAAAAUCAUCAAGAUGAAUGAUUCAUUUCUCGAGGAAAUUGGUUUGGUUGAUCAACCAACAGGAUGUGUGGUUCGUGGUGCAGAACGACACAUAACAACAAGACGUUCAAACUCACCAAGAUCAGUUAUUCCUGCUGAACAAGCUGAAUGGGAUUUAUUUAUAAAACAACAAAAACCAAUUGAAAUAUCAACACCAAAAAUGCCUAAAUCAUCACGUCGUUCUGUUGAAGAAAUUAAUUCACAAUUAAAAACACCACUAUUACGUAAUCCAAGUGAAACAAUCAACAACAACAAUAACACUAAUAAUAAUAAAAAAACAACAAAAGAUAAAAGUCCAGGUACAAAAGUUAAAAAUUCAGCUAAAAAAAAUAAAUCAACAGAUGUUAAAUUGAAAACUGUUGAUAAUAUUGAUCAACAACAAAUUCAAUUGAAUAAUAAAAAUCGUUUAAAAAUAAGUGUUUCAUCAAGUGAUAAUAGUAGACUAUCUGAUAAUUCAACAAAAGAAAAUAGUCGACCAUUUGAUGGAUCUGCUGAUAGUAUUAAUAAUUCUGAUAAAAUAAAAGAACGUAAAAAAAAUCAAAAUGAUAAUAUAAAUAAAAAAUUUAAUUCAAGUGAUGGUGCUGAAUCAUUUGCAAUGUUAAAUGCAAUUAAAGAAGUUGUUAGUUCAUAUACUAAAAUUGAAAGUAAUAAAAUUAUGAAAAUGAUGCAAGAUUUACAUAUUAAUUCACAAUCAAAUAUGAUUAAACAAAUGUUGUCAUUGUCUGAUGAUAUUAAAGAACAAAAUCUUGGUAUUAAUUCAGGUCGUUUUCAAUCAUUGGUACAAGAAAAUGCUAAACUAUUGGAUAAUAUUAAUUAUCUUAAAAAUCGAGUUGAUGAAUUACAAAAAUCACAAGAAGAUUAUGAUAAAUUACGUCAAGAAAAUUCAAUGCUAAAAAUUCGUCUUUGUGAAUAUGAAAAAAAAUAAAUUUAUAGCUUUAUUUUGUUCAUGAUUAAAAAAAUUAUUAAUCAUUAUAUUUAUGAAAUAUUACGAGACUGAAUUAUUCAGUAUGUUAAUCAAUAAAA